UUCAUUUUGCUAGACUAAACAAUCUAAGCUCCUCUAAUCUCCCUUCAAGAAAAAAAAGAAAAAAGAAAGCCUCUUUCCAAACUGAUUUUUGUAGCCUUUUUCUACACCUGUUCUGUUUUCAUUUUGUGACGACAGUGACCAAACUCCAGCUUGCAAAACACAUUUGGCUUAUGAGCUUUUGCAAUGUGACUCUCUUGCUGAUUAUCCAGCGUUAAGUGCUGCUGCCCAAAACAUAAGAAAAACAUCUUGCUGGCAAUAUGAGAGCCUAAUGAGCUGUAUGUGGGCCCUGAGUUCGAUGACAUCCCAUCUCAAGAUGCUGCUAAGACAGUAGCAAAUUAUUGCUAGCUGAAGAAGUCUAACAGGAACAAAAGGAACUGGUGAAAAAGCGAUGGCUGCUGCAGCUGAUGGUUUGGGAAGUAUAGCUAUAGAUACCACGCAACUGAACAUGUCAGUCACUGAUCCAACAGCUUGGGCCACAGCUAUGAAUAACCUAGGGAUGGUUCCAGUAGGUCUAGCUGGACAACAGCUUGUGACAGAUUCAAUCUGUGUACCAGGCUUUGAUCCAAGCCUUAGCAUGAUGACUGGAAUCACUCCGAUUAACCCAAUGAUACCAGGCAUGGGGUUAGUGCCACCGCCACCGCCAACAGAUGUGCCUGUAGUCAAGGAAAUAAUUCACUGCAAAAGCUGCACACUCUUCCCUCCAAACCCAAAUCUUCCACCACCUUCAACAAGAGAGAGACCUCCUGGGUGUAAAACAGUGUUUGUUGGAGGAUUACCAGAAAACGCAACAGAGGAAAUUAUUCAGGAAGUCUUUGAGCAGUGUGGAGAUAUAACAGCAAUUCGGAAAAGCAAGAAGAAUUUUUGUCACAUUCGUUUUGCAGAGGAGUUCAUGGUUGAUAAAGCCAUUUACCUUUCUGGUUACCGCAUGAGAUUAGGAUCUAGCACAGACAAAAAGGAUUCAGGCCGCCUUCAUGUUGAUUUUGCUCAGGCAAGAGAUGACUUUUAUGAAUGGGAAUGCAAACAAAGAAUGCUGGCCCGAGAAGAACGCCACAGACGUAAAAUGGAAGAAGACAGACUGCGCCCUCCUUCUCCUCCAGCAAUAAUGCAUUAUUCUGAACACGAAGCUGCUUUGCUGGCUGAAAAAUUGAAAGAUGACAGCAAGUUUUCAGAGGCCAUCACAGUGCUGCUAACCUGGAUUGAGCGAGGCGAGGUGAAUCGUCGCUCUGCAAACCAGUUCUAUUCAAUGGUGCAGUCUGCAAACAGCCACGUUCGCCGUCUCAUGAAUGAAAAGGCCGCUCAUGAGCAAGAGAUGGAGCAAGCCAAGGAGAGUUUUAAAAAUGCCUUAACAGGGAUCCUGACUCAAUUUGAGCAGAUUGUCGCCGUUUUCAACGCUUCUACCAGACAAAAAGCUUGGGACCAUUUCUCGAAAGCCCAGCGAAAGAACAUAGACAUUUGGCGAAAGCAUUCUGAGGAGCUCCGAAAUGCUCACAGCGAACAGCUCAUGGGAAUCCGCCGGGAAGAGGAGAUGGAAAUGUCUGAUGAUGACAGUGGUGACAAUCCCAGUAAAAAGCUGAGAGUAGAUGAUUCAGCUCUAGCAGCCCAAGCAUACGCGCUUAAGGAAGAAAAUGAUAGUCUUCGAUGGCAACUGGAUGCUUAUAGAAACGAAGUGGAGCUUCUGAAGCAAGAGAAAGGACAGCUCUUUCGAACAGAAGAAAGCCUUACAAAGGAUCAGCAGCUGCAGUUCCUACAGCAGACGAUGCAAGGCAUGCAGCAGCAAUUGCUGAGCAUCCAGGAAGAAUUAAAUAACAAAAAAUCAGAGCUGGAGCAAGCCAAGGAAGAGCAAACGCAUACACAAGCAAUGCUUAAAGUACUGCAGGAACAGGACUGGUUUAGUGGCUCACACCGCCUUGCAUCAUGAGGAAUACAACAGGUCAUGGCCAUUUGCCUUAAUUGUCAGAUUAGCAACUGUGAGAAGGGACUGAUCCAUGGCUAGCUUUAGCUGUUGCUACCAGAUAGCAAAAAGAUGAUAGGAGUAACAUUGCAAUCAUACCAUGGUGGUAGUUGCCCAAGGCUGCUGUGUCAGACACAUAAUCAAAACAUAACAAUGUCCAUAUUCACCUGGAUUUUAAGUCCUACUGCCAUUCAAUGUCACAACUGUAUCAUCAGCAGUUAAAUUCAUUCCAAAUUCUUUGGAAAAAAAAACAGAUGGACACGAAGAGGAAAGAUCUAUUGACUGAUUCCCAUUUUCCCCCUUCCCCAAGUACCUACUUUGAAUUAGGCUGGAAAAAAUACAUCACUUUUUAAAUGGUGCUGACAGCUUCCUCUAAGAGUACAAACCUCCAUGGUUCACAGGCUCAGGAGAGCUGUAGUGUCUUCUCAACCACAGGAUGAAUGAUUAUAUAUUCACUGUGGCUCAAGACAUGAGCUAGGACCCUCCUUAAAUCUCUCAGGAAUGACUUUUCCAAUCACCCAUGUAAUCCUGGAUUUCCCCACAAAAGCCAGUUCAGGAGGAAAAAAUGUUGUGGACCAGGUCAUAAAUUUGAAAUUGGCAGCAUUUCCUCGAUUCUUCUUGCCAGUGGUUAAAUAAAAGAGACGUACUUCACUUCACUUCCUUUUCCAUCAUACCCAGGAGCCAUGUCAGUUAUUUAUAUGCAUCCUCAUGAAGGAAAAAUACAGUCAGUAGCAUUUUUUGGCAUCUUAAACAGCUCAAAAUAUAUCAUUCAAAAGUAAUCAUUAGCAAAACACUAUUUAGCUGGUGGCAACUUGCAAAUGUUGUAAAGUUUAAACUAAUAGGGACAAGAAUGGGAAAUGAAAUCAUUUGUUAUUCCUGAGAGCCAAUUCUGCACACUUUUUAUGCCUUGAAACUACUUUCUAAUCUUAUUAUUUAAAAAAUAAUGACCCAGUCUUAUUAUUUUCCUUUCUUCUUCUUCUUCUUUUUUUUUUUGGCCAACCUAUCAAGCCUUAAGUAUGUGGGUUUCAAAAUGGUUUGAGCAAAAUCUCAUUAGAAUUAUAUGCUCCAUCUGUUUUUCUCAUUGGAAGCUUUAUAAAACACUCCUUCAAAUAAAUCAAAGAUAACUGUGUGAAAUACUCAAGUAAUGUGCUUGUUUUGUUCUGUUUUGUGUUUUUUGUUGUUGUUGUU